AUGCAGCAGGCGCCUGGGGGGCAGAGCCCACCCCGGGGGCCCUCCGAGGCCGCAGGCGCUGAGAUCAAGGCCACUGAGAUCAAGGCCGUCAUCGUCGGGGACGGAGGCUGCGGGAAGACGUCGCUGCUGAUGGUCUUUGCCAGAGGGGACUUCCCCAAGGUCUACGUCCCCACGGUGUUCGAGAAGUACACGGCCUCCUUCCAAGUUGACGGAAAGCCCGCGAAGAUCCACCUCUGGGACACGGCAGGGCAGGAGGACUACGACAGGCUUCGCCCGCUGUCCUACUCAGACGCCAAUGUUGUCCUCAUGUGCUUCGAUGUCACCAACCGCAGCAGCUAUGACAACAUCCUGACGAAGUGGUACCCGGAGGUGAACCACUUCUGCAAGGGCGUCCCAGUCCUGCUGGUGGGCUGCAAGACCGACCUGCGGCAGGACCCCGAGGUGCUGCGCGAGCUGCGGCAGAGCCGCCAGGAGCCCGUCACCUUGCAGCAGGGGGAGGCCAUGGCCCGGCUGGUCCACGCCGCGUCCUACUUCGAGUGCUCGGCCAGGUACCAGGAGAACGUCAGGGACAUCUUCGCUGCCACCUGCGCCACCGCGCUGCGAUCCGCCCGACGGCCCCGACGCAGGAGAUGGCCCCGGGGGGGCUGCACGCUCUGCUGA